UGUGUGUGGGUGGAGUUGGUAUCCCCUCUGAUCGAAUGAAUCGUUAGCUAUACCUCAUUUAAUUGUUUACCUACAAAUUUGAUAGGGUGUCGCCAAAGUCCGAUGGGAUUGUCGGCUUAAACCGUACAUACAUAAAACCUGAACAAUGCAGAGCCCGUUUUCGAGGUUAGACCAUUCUAUCUGACGUCUUCAUCCUCCAAGAAUAAGUUACAAUACAAAUCAUUGCUGCAAUGGCGAACCGCGGAGUUACGAAAGAGUUACUUUACUCGCACAAGGAAACAGUAAAUAUUACAGUCAAAGACAUUUAGUAUUGAAUUUAAAUACGUGUCAAGUUACCGGCUAGACCUCGAACAAAUUUCACAUCAACUAAAUAUACGUGCAAUCAAAGUGAACAAAUAUAAAUAGACAAGCAAAGGAUAAAUAAGUAGUAAGAGGAAAACCCAGUUAAGAUGGAUGUAAUUAGCAUUGAAAGUGGUGACAGUGGAGUAAGAACGUUUAAAAACUCGCACAGCAAUACGAUACGUUGCAAUUGCUUGAACUCAAAUUCUCUGUGCUACAUACUAAUCACAGUUGCGACGCUAGCUUUUCUUGGAGCAAUAGUUUUCAUAUGUCGCGACUAUAUAAAAAUACUACUCUAUUGGAUAGAACACCAAAACCCUUGGCUUGUCACGAUUAUUUUCAUUGGCCUGUUCACUAUUGUCUCAUUUCCCAUAGUCAUCGGCUACUUGUUUCUAAUAGUCGCCAGUGGCUACUUGUUCGGCAUUAUAAAGGGCAUAACUAUGGUUAUACUGGCAGCAAAUUUAGGCAUAGCCAUUGCCCACGGCACACUAGGUGCGUUGUCUUCAAGGCUGCCGAUCGGAGCUCUACUCCAGAGCGACACAGCGAGAGCAAUCCUACGAGUAAUAUCGGGCCCUCAGGCAUUUAAAGUUGUCCUUUUUGCCCGGCUCACGCCAAUUCCAUUUGGCCUUCAAAACACCAUAUUUGCGGUAAGCAAUAUUACCGGGUUUCAAUAUCACCUAGCUAGUGCGCUUGGCCUACUUCCUGCUCAGUUGAUAAAUGUUUAUUUGGGAAGUAGUUUAAGAUCUAUGCAGGAUGUGCUUGAGGAUAGAUCCACUGCAGCCACAGGAUACACAGUAUUUUGCUUCCAGAUUCUCAUUGGUGUUUCGCUGAUGGUUUACAUAGUACAGAAGGCACGCCGAGAAUUACAAUUAGCAUUGCUGGAAGCUGACCUGGCAUCAAUGGCUGAUACUCCGCAUUUUCUUCUUGAAACUCUUCCAGAUUCAAAAAUGGUUCUAUCGAAUUUCAUCGCUUAAUCAUAAAAGUCAAGUACUAUUUCAAGGUAAUUUUAAAUCUGCUAAGUUUUCAUAAUUUACAGAUUGCAUUACUUUCAAAAUAGGUAAUCUCUUCCAUUUUGGAGAAAUAUUUGAAAUCUUACAAUAUGUAUGCCACAUACAUGCUGUCAUAAGAUAUUAUAGUAAGAGAGCUUUUGUUUUAUGUACAAAUGUCUUACGAUUUUUUGGAAAACAUUAUGUACAUAUUGUUACUGCAUAAGCAUUUAGCUCGUAACAAAGUCAGUACGAGAAAAUCAACGUAACUUGCACUGUCCUUGAAAAUGAAAAUAAGUAGAAAUGUCAUAACGUGAUAUCUGUAUUAUACAGAAUAAAGAUUUUAGAGAAUUAAUAUAGGGACAGUGGUUAGGUAGGUAAUGGUGGAUAUUAAGAAUGGAAACACAAGUGAUUAACAAUGAUAAUAAUCUAAGAUUCUGAACAAACGAGAUUCUAACGCAAUGGCAAAAGCUUUCAGGAUUUUGAGUUCAUUACAUAUUCAGAUACCGAUCAUUGAACAACAAAAGCCAUGUCAUCAGAGCCGAUAAAUAAGGUUACAAUCACAUUUUACAAAUAAUUUUUAAGUACAAUACCCAAUAAAAUAUGAAAACUUAAAUGAAUUUUUUGGCGACAUGAUCUCCAAAUUCUCAAAGUAUGUUCUACAAAUAUUUCUAAAAUAUGUGCCAAACUUUACUGAUGGUGUAAAUGGGCGUUUGUUAAUCGACAAUUUUCUAUACACCGACUGAUGAAAUAGCUAAACUCCCAAUUUACAUUACACAGGUGUAACAUAAAUUUAUUGAUUUAUGGUUUUUUUUUUGUUGUCAUGUUAUACAUAUUGAUCCAAAAGAAAUGAAUUUGCAUUUACUAACGCUUUUUCUUCAUUUAUAAAUUCCUUAUUUCGAUCUCUUCACCAUUUGCUAUAAAUAUUAUGUAAAUACUGUUUAUUCAAAUGCUUAUGAGUCUGUGAAAAGACACAGGUUUUUUGUCACAUUGAAGUGAUUAAAAUAAUUCAACAGUAAUUAAGUAAUUACCGGAACCAGUAUCAAAAUAAAUAGUGAUAUAUCAUAACCCGGCAAUAUUUGCAGGAUUGGAUCUCUCUUGAGCAUAUACUAUGACUAAUUCGCAGUUUUAUGACAGAUGUUAAUAUAAUUUACAGGAUACAUUUAUACUAUUGAGGCGAAAUCUUAUCUUAUACCCAUUACAUUAUCGUUUAGUAUACAUCAUAAGUGACACCGUAAAAAUAGUUUUGGUAUAUUAAUUGGACCUGCAAUAGUUUUCCCUCAUUAGUUAUAAACUUUCGCUAUUAUGUGUAGUAUUCUAUGGUGUCAGCGUUAUUUUUUCAGAUAUGCAUAUUUGAAAUUAUUUUAUAAUAAAAAAUAUGUAUUUGAUUGGUUACACACACUUAAAUUCUCUUGUACAUACAGUUCAAGCUAUAAAUAUAACGAAUCAAAAGUUGAUCACUGUUUGUACUUUGUGAUCGUGGAAUCUGUUAUAUUUUGAUUGCUAAACAACUUCAUCUUGAAAAACAAUUUGUAUAAGAGAUAGAAAGAUUAUGCUGAUUAUUAUUUAUAGCAGUAAUAUAUGGAUUAGCUGUAUGUAUGAUUAUUGAAGAAGGAUCGAGACCCUUGAAGAAAAAUAGGAUCCGAUAGCAAUAAUUAUUUUUCAAUGAAUGUGGUGCAACUCUGUCAAAUUGAGAGGGUAUUCUAGUCUAGAGGCUUAAAUUAUGGAUGGUUUUUCGGGUUUGUUAAUAUAAAAAAUUUGCAUAUUUACCAUUCAUUUUUAUUGAUGCUGCAAGAACCAAUCAAAAAAAAAUUGCUUUAAAAAAAUAAAUAUUAAAAAAGUUAUGGGCCUCUAAAUAUAUGACCAUGAACAAAAAACGGGUUGCGACAGUUGACAUGAUUUCAGUGCUCCCAUUCAUCCGAAAGAGAAAUGAAAACAAUUUUCUUGAUCAAUAAGAAUGUCAUGACCGGGACCAAAGAGAAAAAAAAAAAAUUAGAGAAAUGCCGACUGUCUGAAGGGAAAUUUAAUUUUGCACUGUAUUUUUUUAAGUUUUCUAUUUUUUAGACAUAGUAAUAAUAAUAAUUUGGUUAUUUUUGAAGUCCAGGCUAUAGAGAGAUAGAUAUUGAAGGUCCAUACUAAAUUUGAAGUCGGUGGAUUUAACAGAACUCGUGAUUUUGUGACAAUCAGGUUGAAAAAUGUAGUUUCGAAAUAAACGUAUUUAAAGUUAAUGCGUUUAAAAUUUUGACCUUGGUUUUCACGUUCCUUUUUGUAUCAGAUAAAAUGGAAAUUUUCCUUACCCUUAAUCGGCGAUUCCUCGAGCAUCCAAGAGGCCUUACGCCGCAUUCGUAACUUUCUCAUAGGCUGAUCUUUCUAGCCUUGAACUUGGCUCUAUUGAAGCAUACAUCAUGCAUUGUUUCACUCAAGUGCUCAUAACCUUCUCAAAUUUUGUAAAUCCCUCAUUGGCUUUGGGUCAAAAUAUGCUUAAAAGAGGUAGCUACAAUAAUAUGCAAAAAAAUAUCAAUUUUCUGAAAAUUUAUAGACUAGAAAACCCUAUUAAAUUUUAUAUGUCUUCUUAUAACCGUAUUGUUUUAGUGAAAUGAUGAUUUUAUGCAUUUUCAAAAGUUGUGAUAUCUCUGAAUUUAUACAUACUUAUUCCAACAUUUUGGGCUUCCAAAAAGUCUUAUUUUUGACUAUUCGUUCAGUUUUUCAGAUUAGAAAUUGACAUGAUAUAAUAAAAAAGUAAAAAUCUCCCAAUGAUCAGAUUUAGUUUGUUCUCUGAGUCGAUAAAAAAAAAAAGAAAAUCCAAUAUACAGUUGUAUGAUCACAAUAAAUAGCAUACGCGUUAAUGUAUUAAUAAGUUUUAAAUAAUUGCUUGUACUCGAUUCAUCUAUUGUCAAUAUAAAAUACGUAUUUCUGAUCUACACAUUUACAUAUGUGUAGAUUUUCUCACUAAAAAAAAAAAAGGAAAAUCAUUAGCAUAGGUAUAUAUUAUUGUUGAGAAAAAAAAAAUAUAUAUUUUCU